ACAUCUACUAACUGGGUCGGGGUGGGGGGUGAUUCGCAUCCAUUCAUCUUCAGUCACCUGAGGCCAAAUGCCAGGUGACCGUACCCUGCACAGAGCGAGGUCUAACACUAAUGUCUUCCUUUUGAAUUACAGCCUGUCCCAGUUCAGAAGAACAUGUCAGUGCCAGCCACCAUUGACCAUCAAGAAGUUCACAUCAAUUUGACCAAACAUGGUACAAAAGGCAACACUCCUAUCACAAAGCAGCCGUCCACAAAUCGUAAUCAAGUUCAUUAUGAUGGACAAACAGCCAUGGCAAUAUUCACUCAGUCACCUACACCAGUUGUUGCACAGAAACCUGACCCCAGCCUGAAACCCAAGGAUUUUGUCAUAACAUCAUGCAUUGUUAUAUUUCUUUGUAAUUUUAUCUUUGGUCUACUUGGAUAUCAUUUUGGAGUCAAGUCAAAUUUUGCCUGGCAAUUAGGUGACAUAGACCUUGCCAAAAGACAAGCAAAGAAAGCUUUACUGUUUGUGAUCAUUGGUAUUUUUAUAGGGGUUGCCACGUAUGUCAUUGCAUUUGUUCUUUAUUUUGUGGUCUUUAAUAAACCUGAGCAUAAUGUAGCAACUUCACCAGUUGGUUGAUAUAAUAAGACUCCUUAUGAAUUACUUUUAAUGUCAAAUAAUUAUAAACAAAAUUCUCAAUUUUAAUUGUGAAUUGUGUAAUUUGAAUUGGUAAAGGCUAAGAAUAUUUUUUUAAAAAUAUGUAUAAGUUUAUCUAGUCUAUUAGGUUGUGAUCUUGUAUAUUUCUGCUAUUGUUUUUUCAUAAUCUAGAAAGUUGAUGAUAUUUUAGGUGAUUUAAAUUAUUCACAAGAGGCAAUGCUCAAGAACAGCUGCUACAUCCCUAUAAUAUUAAUGUACACAAACUUGGCCCACUACUUCAAAAAAGCUCGCUCAAAACCUUAAGGGGUAUAUAUA